AGUAUUAUUACCAUUACACGCGUCUCUCACUCUCUUUCUUUCUUUCUUUCUCUCUCUCUCUGUCUGUCCGUCCUUGUGACAGAAACAGUGAAACCCGGCAAAGGAGUUGUAUUGUAUUUGUAACAAAGUUGGUGAUAUCGGUCCCUUUGUACCUAGUUCACCUAUGGAGACCAACAACAGCAAACAGCAGAAGAAGAAGUGGUUUCUGCCGCUGGUGCUGUCUCUACUCCUCUCCACCCUGCUCAUACUCUUUUCCAUCUUCGUCUCCUCCGAUUCCUCCUCCCUGCUCUAUCUCUACCGUACACGUGGCAGAGUCGAUGAGCCUCGUUUCGUGGAGUCCAAGCUGAGGCUGUCGUCCACGUCACCCAGGGACUCGGUUCCCAGGAUCGCGUACUUGAUCUCGGGCUCAAUGGGCGAUGGCGAGACUCUGAAGAGGACGCUCAAGGCCCUUUACCAUCCCAGGAACCAAUACGCUGUGCACUUGGACCUCGAGGCUUCUCCCAAGGAAAGAUUGGAGCUUGCCAACUUUGUCAGGAACGAGCCUCUCUUUGCCCAACUGGGUAAUGUUAGGAUGAUUGUUAAGGCCAACUUGGUCACUUACAGAGGACCCACUAUGGUCACUAAUACCCUCCACGCUGCCGCUAUUUUGCUCAAGGAAGGUGGUCUCUGGGAUUGGUUCAUCAAUCUCAGUGCCUCCGAUUACCCCUUGGUCACCCAAGAUGAUCUGCUGCAUACACUGUCAUCAAUUCCAAGACACCUUAACUUUAUUGAGCACACCAGUGAUAUUGGCUGGAAGGAAGAUCAGAGAGCCAAGCCUGUUAUAAUUGAUCCAGCUCUUUAUAGUGUCAAUAAAUCUGAUUUAUUUUGGGUGACAGAGAAAAGAAAUGUUCCCACAGCAUAUAAGCUGUUUACAGGUUCUGCCUGGAUGAUGCUCUCCCGCCAAUUUGUUGAAUAUAUUUUAUGGGGAUGGGAUAACUUGCCUAGAAUAGUCUUGAUGUAUUAUGCCAACUUUCUAUCCUCCCCCGAGGGGUAUUUUCACACAGUCAUCUGCAAUGCUGAGGAGUUCCGAAACACUACUGUGAACCACGACCUCCACUUCAUAUCAUGGGACAACCCUCCAAAACAACAUCCACACUUUCUUACAAUUAAUAACUACAAGGGAAUGGUGGACAGCAAUGCUCCUUUUGCUCGAAAAUUUGGAAGGAACGAACCACUCUUGGAUAAGAUUGAUGCUGAACUCUUGGGACGAAAUGAAUAUGGUUAUGUGCCUGGCAGGUGGUUCAACCAAGCAAAUCUGAACAGCACCAAACCAUAUUCUUCCAUAAGAAAUAUUACUGAACUUAAGCCUGGCCCUGGAGCAGAAAGGCUUAAACGCCUUAUCAAUGGUUUAUUAUCAGCCGAAAAUUUUCACACAAAGCAGUGUUCUUGACACACAGGUUUAAGCACCUGCUAUGUUCAUUGCUGUUUUUUCAUCACCCAACAGCAACAGGCAAGCAAUUCCAAUGUCAACACAUGAAGGAUGUUUUUGAGACCAAACAGGAAAAUAUGAGGAGACAAAGCAGAAAACUUAUGGGAUCAUUUCUUCAGAGGUAAGUCUUACCGUCAACUUCUAUUUUUACACAAAUUUUAACGUGACCACACAUUUGUAGUCCAUAUGUAUCCAUUGAUUCACAUGAUAUAUUAAAUUUAAUGGAUGACAAUGACAGAGUCAUCAAUGCAAAAUUGUUGUACUCCUUAGAAUGUCUUUAUAGCAAAUAAGAGAUUCAAUUAUAUAAUACACGGGCAGAAUGCUUGCUACUGUUAGGUUGGAAGUAGCACAAAGUCCGUGAAAAGUACGCUCCUAGUCUUUUAUACAAGGACGUGCUCAAGUAGAUGCCACCUAUUCUGAUUUUCCUUUCCUCGCUCCGUUUUCUUGAGUUGUUAUUACCCUCAUGAAUCGAUGGUACAUUUGAUUUUUCUUU